ACAAAAGAAUUCAAGCCUGGUGGCCAUUAUUAGGGACAAGGCAGCGUUUGCUCAGAAGAGGCAGCACUGAAGCUGAGCUGGUCCAGGCUUACAGAGAAGUCUAGUUUUAGAUGCUUGGGGAAAAGCAGGAAUGAAGACCAUAGUUUCCACUUACGCUACCGAGGGGCUGAGGGUACAAGCAUCCCAUCCAGACUCAAUCGGGGUUGCAAGGAGACGUUCAGAUCUAUUAUGUAACAGUGUUCCCUUUGCACCACUCACUCUGUAUUUAGGGACAUCCCAGUAAAACAAAUCUCGAGCAUCGGGAUGAGUUUGGUAUUAAAAAAUAUGAGCAUGAAAAUCAACAUACAGGCAGCAUUGAAGGGACAAAAUGCGGAAGACGAAAAGAUCCAGGCAAGAGCUUUGUAGUCACAGACACAGGUAAAACACAGACCAUCGAAGUGGGGACAGUUGAUGACGCAGGAGAAUAACCUGGAGAAUGUGGUGCUGUGGAAGGCAAGGCUACCUACCACACUGUGCGGGACUGAGAUGUUGAGUGUAGAUUUUAUCGUUGAGGUUAAGGCAAAACAGAGAGCCCCAAAGUGUCAGCUGUAUUCAGUAACUGCUUCCUGUGAACGAGUGGGGACGAACGCAGAGAAGGCAGAAAAAGCCAAGAGGUUCUAAGUCUGGCUCUUCUGCAUGCUAAUUGCUUGGCCUGAGACUUGGAAAUGCUUUACUUCAGUGUGUUAAUCAGGUUUUCCCGGACUGAGAGAAAAGGACAGGGGGUGGUUACUAUGAGGAACUGACUCACAGGAUCAUAGAGGUUGAUGGUACUCAAAAACAGCGGGAUUGCUGGCCUUCUAGAGAGCCCACUGCCAGCUUGAGACUUCAGAUCAAGAAAGAGCUGGCUGGUGUUCCACUUUAAAUCAAAGGCAAGGAAAACCUGUGCUCUCCGCCUUCCAUUAAGAAAACCUGCAGCAAAGGAAAAUAUGUCUGCCCCUUAUCUAUAGAUUUAAACAUUAGGCUCAUCUGGAAAUUACCCAGCAAUGCUUCACCACAUACAUGGGCUCCCAGGGUCGAGUUGGUUGAUUCCCAUACAGAGUCAGCCCUCACACACAGCCUUGAUAACGUCUUGUUGGGGAUGUUUCAGAAAAGACUUUUAUAGAUGAGUUUCUUAAAAAGGUCUCUUGGCCAAGUCCCCAUCACGUAGCAGAGUCCAGAUUCAAGGAUUUGGAGGAUAUAAACAAGUGGAACAAAUACUUUUUCAGAACUAAUUUAAUCAUUAUGUGUCGUGUUGCAAUCUCGCAGUGAGCAUUAAACGGGCUAAGCUGACAGGCGCUUACUGCAGUGUGUUAGGGGGAGUGGUGAGCCACUGGUGGGUGGGGUUGCUUUUGUUUUGGUUUUCUCCUUUCCGGGAGAUGGGUCCCCAUGAAAGAUUAUUUUAUUUCACCUUCAGGGCAGGGGAAAGAGCUGUACCUCUUGGCUUAGAGGACGGAUCUCCCUCGCCGUGCCCUCUGACUCUCAGCUUCCAUUCAGCAAACCCACCUUCCUUGGCGUCUAAUUACCUCAGAUUCCGUUUGGUUUUUCUUUUCCUCCAGACAAGACGGGAAUGCAGGUACUCACACGCGCCGAUAGGUGGCAGUAACCUUCUGAAUCAAACACCGAUGUAGCACAGCCUUGCGUACACUUCCUCAAGCGCUUGAGACUUGGGGUGCAGCCCAGGAGAGAUGGGGAGAUAAUGUCCACACAAGCUGUGCACUUUUCUUCUCCAAGGGAAAAAGUGAUGCUGCCCGGCGCCCUUUAAAAUAUAUAGUUUUAAAGAAAACUAACACGCAGAAACUCCUAUCCUCUUUACCUUCUAGCUCCUACCCAUUCAAACACAAGUUGCAAUCCUUACGAUUUUACAUGUGUCGCCUGCCACCGGUUCGGCUUCAAGCGUAAGGACAGAAGGAGGCAUUCUGCUGUGGCUGUAAUCAUUGAAAUACAUAUACCCAAGGAGAUGUAUCUUUCCCUGAGCUUUAAUCGGAGAUAAUUGAUGUGUGGAGAACAAGAAUGAACGUUUUAGUUCGCCUGGUAGGAGCGCUGCGCUGCACAGGCUAUUGAAGCUCCAGGUUCAGAAACGUCACGUCAGAAUGUGCACGUUCACCAUAAAGACAGCUCGCCCUGGGGCUGGGGAGGGGUCUCAGCAACCGAGGGCUUGUUUGCAGCCCGGCUGAGUUUGGAACCCCGACACUCACUUUAGAAGCCUAGUGCUGUGGCCCAAGUCUGUUAUGGAGAGAACCAGGGAGUGGGCGGGAAAAUCCUGAGAGCCGGCCAGGCAGUCUAGCCAGUAGGUGAGCUCCAGGUCAAGAGAGGAACCUUGUCUCAAAAAUUAAGAUACAGAGUGAUUGGGAAAGACACUGGAUGCCAACCUCUGGCUUCCAUUUAUACAUAGUCACAGGAACACUCAAGCACACAUGUGCACACAUGAAUAUAUACACAUAUACAGAAUACAUACAAGAACGGGUGCUACGCAUGCUAAGGGGCUUUGUCUUUCCACAUUUAAUGUUGCCUUCUCCCUAAAUGUCUCUACAGGCUGCGGGGACUCACAGAACAUUUUAGAAACCUGAGUUUAUUCUGGGGAAAUAACCAGUAACUGCCCGAGACGAUAGUUUAAGUAUUCUAAUGACUUGGACCAUCCAGAAAAAUAGCAUAGUGUUUUCUGUCAGCCACAUUUCUAGAAACACACACACACACACACACACACACACACACACACACACUAGCGCUUCUAAGUGGCAUCACCCUGUCACCCUCUUAGGCCAGCACCAAACCCAGUGGACAUCAGAUUCCAUUACAAAUGGUUUUGAGCCACCAUGUGGUUGCUGGGAUUUGAACUCAGGACCUCUGGAUGAGCAGUCAGUGCUCUUAACCACUGAGUCAUCUUCCCAGCCCCUUUCUAGUUAUUUUCCAAUAGGAAACACACACACACACACACACACACACACACACACACACACACACACACUUUCAAAUGUUUUAAUGUACUGAACUAAAGGACUCCUUCAAGUGCCCACUACCUACCUGCAGGUUACCAGGAUCACUUCUUGGUGUGUCCUUCCAUGGUAGAAAUGCUGACAAAUAGAAGGAAGAAUUUGUCUUUGUUUUCUCCUUUAUAAAUAAGAACUUUUGCUUAUUAUAGUGACACUAUAGCUUGGAGACUAUUCUAGACAGGUAUGUGGAAAGUUCCAAUAUUCUGUUCUAUAAUUGUAUUGAAAUUCACUAUUUGACAAAUCAAAAUGUACCCCAUAUAUUAUAUAUAAUUUAAACUAGUGCAUAGUAUAUGUGUAUUGUAUGUAUAUGUUAUAACAUAUGCAUACAUUAUAACCAUACAUGCACCUACAUCUACAAAUACACAUACACAUUGUCUUAGGGGUUCAUUGCUGUGAACAGACACUGUGACCAAGGCAAGUCAUAACAAGAUAUAUUUGGGGCUGGCUCACAGGUUCAGAGGUUCUGUCUGUUAUCAUCAAGGUGGGAGCACGGCAGCAUCCAGGCAGGCAUGGUGCAAGAGGAGCUGAGAGUUCUACAUCUUCAUCUGAAGGCUGCUAGCAGAAUACUGACAUUCAGGCAGUUAGGAUGGGGGUCUUAAAGCCCACACCCACAGUGACACACCUACUCCAACAGGGCCACACCUUCUAAUCAUGCCACUCCCUGGGCCAAGCAUAUACCACACCUGCACAUAUACAAACUUUCAGGCCGGUCUUAGACUCCAUACAUAUACAAAGACAACCUUGACCUUGGUCUUCUAAUCUCUACUUUUUAAAUGCCGAGAUUAUAGAAGUGUGCCACCGUAUCUGGCGUAUGUGGUUGGGGAUAGAGCAUCCAGGGCCUCCCACUGGCUAGGCAAGCAUUCUGCAUACCGAGCUACAUUUGUGCUGACCCCAUGUUUUACCGCAUUUACCAGCUUCCCACUGAUAGAUGUUGAACUUGUUCCUAUCUACAAUUCAAAACAGUGCCAUAAGUAAUAAUAUCUAGAGACAUCUCACCACGAGUCAGGUCACCUACGGCAUUAAUGGCCCAAGUGUUGUUGCUGGGGUGAAAGUAUAUGUUGCUUUUAACCUUUCUGUCAUAUACCAACCUUUUUAUGACCGAGCCUCACAUAUUUGACGCUCACUUCUAUGCAUUUUAUCUCUCUUUAUGGGGGGUCUUACUUCAAUCAAAUCUUCUGAAAGGACCAGUUUUGAUUACUAAACUUGUAUUGUAUUACCUUAACAUAUGCUUAAGAGGGAUUUAGAAGUAGCUAACAGGUGGUUGAUAAUUAAUCUUGAUUGCCAACUGGACUCGAUUUAGAGUUACCUAGAAGAUGCAACUCUGUGUUUGUGAGGGAGUGACCAAAGAAGAUUUACUGAGAACGCCUAUGCCUACCUACCCUGAGUGUAAUUGGUGCCACCCACAGGCGGCAGUCCCUGACUGAUAAAAAGGAGAUCUAACAGCUCCAGUGUGUGUCAGAUAUGUCACAACAGUGAGAAAGGAGCUAAGACAAGGGCUCACUUUGGACUUCUAGAAGUUUCGUGAUUACUGUUUUCAACAAAUACUGUUUUCAACCUUCCUUUCUCCAACUUGUUUUGUUUGUUGUUGUGGUGGUGGUGGUAGUGGUUGGUUUGGUGGUAUGUAUGUGUGUAUGUGACAUUGAAAUUUAAAACCCAAACCACGUACAUAUUAUAAGCACCCUACUUUUUUCUCUUUCUAUGUGUGUGUAUGCAUGUGAGUACGUUGUAUAAAAUGUCUAAUUUAUGUACAUAUUAAUCAAGUGGUCUUUUUUUUUUUUUUUUGGAGUGGUAUUUUUUAAGGACUUGCUCUUGCUGGCCCCUUGAGAAUAACCCAGGAUUCCUACUAUAAAUUACCUUUCUGGGCUUCUUUUCUCUCCUCUGGUCUCUGCUGGUAGACGUGGAGCAUUGUUUAGGGGAGGAAGGAUGACAGGUCUUUAUGAUGGUGUUCACAAAUCAGCACUGUAGACUGUUUUUUUCCUCAGUCAUGCAUGCUCUGAACAAAAUCCCUCUUCGUCUGAUACUAAAGUCCGUGCUUCUACUUUGCUUCUCGGUCCUGGGUAUGAAUGCGGGGCCCUGAGAUGCCGCGUAAGCGCUUUGUCACCGAGCUCCAUCCUCAGGUCUGCUUGUUUCCUUUUACGCUGUAUUUUGCUUUGCCUCUACCUCCAGUUGAGUGUUUAUAGAUCUUUGUGUUUGUUUGCUCGAUUUUACUUCCAUUGAGCAUAAAGUUUUAUUUGGUUGGAUCAAAACUGACAUCUUUGGAUACUGGUAGGUAAUUCAUUAUCAUUUAUAACUACGAAUGGUAUAGAUGUGUUUGGUUUUGUGUAAGCUAGGCAAACACCCUAGCCACAACUUCAGUCUACAAUGCAUAUCUUAAAUCAUAAGACUUGAGGAUUGAAAUUGCUGUUUGAUCCACAGGCUACAGAAUGUAUAUUUUAUUAAUAGGUAUGGGAAUAUUGAUAUUACUAUAUAUUUCUUCAGUAGAACUCAGGUGACUAGGUACAUUGUGAGUAAAAUUUUUAUUUAAUUAUUAUUCAUAUAUGUGUUUGAAGUAUGAUAUGGGGAGCACAUAUGUGCUGUGGCAUGUACACGUGUGUCAGGGUAUAAUUUAACUUUGUGGAGUCAGUUCUACCCACCCACUCUUCCAUCAGUUAGCGGAUUGGACUUGGCCUAGAAUCCAUCUUGCCAGCCCAGUGUGUGGCAACAUUUUCAAAGUCUUUCUUUUCCGAGCAGCAGUAAAACGUUCAGCGAUCCAUUUAGAAACAGAUGUGCUGUCACCCAGACUUUGCUGCCCCGUUUAUAGAGAGAAGGCAUGGUUAAUUGAGUUCUGGUGCUUAAAGAGGGGACGUUUCUUAGAGUAGUUAUUGCCUUCAACUGAAAGGAAGUGGUUGCAAAUUGCAACCGGCCUAUCCUUUGGAGCGCUUUGGAGUCCGGCAUUGACACCGCUUGGGCCACGGAAGUCCUAGUGUGCGGCCUCUUACCACAGAGAGCUACUUCAGCCACAAUGGAUGGGCUGCUCUGUCAUUGUCCGUGUCCUUUUCCGGAUCCUCAGCCAAACUCGCUACAGCUUCUGCAUUGGCAUCUUCUACGCUUUGCCGCCAUGGGCACGCUGCUUUCCCUGAACCUUAGGAACAACCUCUUCUUCGGCCUUCCGCAGCCUGAUCACUCCUUUCAGGCUUCGAGGAAGAGACCAAAGAGAGCAAGAGUCAAAUUGGGGUAGGCGUUCACUUAAUGUACCUAUGUCCUUUGGUCUUCUCUCCAGACCAAGAGAGCUUUCUCCAGAUCUGAAAUCAUGUUGUUUUGCUCCCUUACUGUACACUCCGUUCACCGACUUAUUGCUGCUAGUUUCCAACCGAAGCAUCACCUGUGCAUUGACAACAUGGCUGGCAGGUAGAGGAGGCCCAGCAUAGCUAACCCCUUUCUUAAUGUCUUCCUUCCUAAGCUUCCUGAUUUCUAGCUUUCCAUGGAGAAGGAGAGCUUAAGUGUUUCUUCCUUCGCUUGACCGAUUAGAGGUUAUUGUCAGGUUAUUGAUUGGUCUAAUUUCAGCAUUGUGAUGUCUCCGAGAAACAGAGAUGCAAAGAGCUGGUUGGUAACUCAGCCAGAGUGCAUGUGCCCACAGACUAAACUUGUUGUCCUAGGGACUGGAGAAAUGGCUCAGUCACAUGCAUGAGGAGUGUGGCAUGAGUUCGAAUCACCAGCACCCACCUUAAAGCUAAGUGUGGUGGCAUAUGUCUGUAAUCCCAGCACUCAGGGGACAGAGACAGAAAGAUCCAUGGGGACUGCUGCCCAGACAGUCUAGCUAAUAGGUAAAUUCUGUGUUCACUGAGAGAUCCUAUCUCAAAAAGGAAGAUGAUAAGAGAAAGACACCUGAUGUUGUCCUCUGGCCUCCAGACUCACGCGCAUGUACUCUCAUGCCUAUGCACACACACACACACACACACACACACACACACACACACACACACACACGCGCACAUGCACAUAGACAUGACAUAUAUACACAUUAAAAAAAUCCAACUCUGUCUAACAUAGACAAAGUUCAUGGUCCCCUCAACAGUCAUAUAAGUGACAUCAAAGACCACUGAUUCCAGAUCAUCACAACUCAUUCAAUGAUGAAAGUGUUUGGCCAAGAAGCGCAAAGUGGUGCCGUAAAUUUGAUGUGAAGGUUUAAUUUGUGAACCAAGAAGAAUGUGACGUGUGCUGAAACCAGCUACUCUUGAGCUGCAUUCCGCGGUACCCACCCGCUCUCCUCUCCACAUCCUCAUUUCGGUGAGACUAUUGUUAGCUUUCUUGAUGCUUAACAGGGCUCUGGGAACUAUGCUAAUGCUUUUUUCUCUCCUGGCUCACCAGCCUUAAAUGGUCAGCCUCUCAGUUCGCACACACGAGACCAUCAGCAAACCUACCGGCCAUCUCAAAUUCCUCUCUUACUCCUCCCUGCUCUUGUACUACAGUGGUUGGCCUCGUCUGGGGGUUUCCUCCUCUUCCAUGCUGUCUUGCUGACCCCUCCCCGUGCUUACUGUUACUUUGCACUUACUGUCUUCCUGUGCCACCGUGCCUCCUUUUCUCAGCUGAACGUGGUUCAUUCUUCUGUCGUUAGCAUAGCACAGGCUGGUGACAGAUAGGAUCUCCGAGCUCGUGUGGUCCAACUGUUCCUCUGCACUCUACUAGGGGAGUUUGCUUGGUAUAAACCCAUGACUCAUCAUGCAUCUGUUUACGCAUCUUCUAAAGGUUGCCCCACGUCUUCCUGCUUUGGAUGUUGCUCCAAGGACGUUUUUAUUCCUUCCUACUUGUGGCUUUACUACAGUAUGCCUGGCCGGCCUCCUAAAUGGUUCUUUCUCUUAGUUUUAUUUUUUUUUUAAUUAAUUCAGGGUUCUUACUAGACUGUACCUUGACACCGGUUGUUUUCUUUGAUUAUCCCCUGAUUGUGGUACAACCGUCUACCAUGUACACUUACGUAUUUUGAUUUAUUCGAUUUAUUUAUUCACAUUGGCAUAUUUGUUCUGAUUAAUUUGUCUUCGAGGAUUCGUAUUUUAUUUAUGACAUGUAUUUUGUUUGUCACUCAUAUUUAUCAAUUUCUUUCCAAUUCUUUAGCCAUUUAUUAUCUUUUUUUUGGUUCUUUUUUUUUUUUUUCCGGAGCUGGGGACCGAACCCAGGGCUUUGCGCUUCCUAGGCAAGCGCUCUACCACUGAGCUAAAUCCCCAACCCCUAGCUAUUUAUUAUCUUAUUUUGCUCACUCUACCCUCAUUUUUCUAUUCAAAAUAUAUCGAAUAUUUCUAUUUGAAUAUAUUCGAAUAUAUGCUCCUGGUUCUUUCUUGUGAUUAUGUAUUUCCUUUCCACUUCCAUAAUGGUUUUGGCUUCUCUUCUAUUUCUUCUCUAAAGAAUAUUAUGUCAGAGAACCUAUAGCCAUCUCACUGGAUUCCCCUGUUCUCUUGUUUCUAUUUGAUGGUAUUCCUUCUCGUAAGCAAUCACUUCGUUAAGACCUCUAAAUUAGUGCAAAUGGCUUUGGUCACACUAUCUUUGUCAAGUGACACCGUUGCCAUGGUAAUAAUCUAUGUCACUCGGCAAGCUUUUUAUCAGAUCACUUCCACAUCUGUACCUCCAAGAUCUUUUAAACAUGACAUAGCGUUGAGAUGUUGGCUCUCCGUGAUGCAGUCGGAGCCAGGGAGUCUGCACUGAAGAUGCAGGACAGCUUUCUAGGAUUCACAGCAAAGGCCUUACUCCUUCCCAGAUGGUGACAUACGCCUCCUGUGAAUCCCGUUCUCUGUGAGGUGGUAUUUCUAAUCCUUUAGGUUAAGAAACUACUCUGAGCAAGACUGGCUCUAUCCUGUCUUCUGCCACCAGCAUUCCUUCUUCUGGAGAAACAUACCCAUGUGUCCAAAGAGAGUCUAUAAAUUAGAGCCAAGUGUAAACAGAGAGAUGGACUUAAAGCAGCAUGAAUCAUAAGGAUACAGCCACAGGACAAAGACACAAGACUGAAGGCAAGCAAGGUGCAGACCAGAAGACCUGAAAGAGGAUGUUGAAACCAUCUUCUUCUUUCCAACAUCUAUUAGUUUAUAGCAGAUAGUGAAUAAAGCUUAUGGAGAGGUUCCUUGAAGUUAGAUGACAGCAAUGCGUUUUUUAUACCAAAGCAAGAAGACAGCAAGUGUGUCUUGUGCUUUCAGAUGCCUUCCCUCCUGUGCACACUCACAGCAACUACCUUCCUCCUAUGAUUCCUUCCCUCUGGCACGGUGAAGUGCUGGAUGGGUGUCUUCCAAUUCCCCUGCCCUGUUUGUGUUCCCUAACCCAAGAGGGAGAUGCUUACCAUUGUCCCAGAAAGUCCAGCCCCUAUCCCAGCCUGCCAUAGAAUUGAUCCACUCCACUUACUCAACAUCCUCUCUCAGGUCUUCUGGGCUGCACAUUGGUUGCCUUUAGUCUUGUGUCUGUAUUUGUCCUGUGGCUGUAUCCUUAUGCUUCAUGCUGCUUUAAGUCCAUCUCUCUGUUUACAGAAUAACUUCACACUUGGCUCUAGCGUCUAGAAUUUGCCUAAGAUCACCCUCCAGUUAGAUCCCAAUUUCCAGAACAGAAGUCCAGCUGAGUGCUCAUCUCCCCUGGGAACUUCUUUGCUAAUACAAACCUUCUCUAAGGGUGCCUGUGACUGCGCAUGCACGGUCUAGCUCCUGUGGUUGUCAUGGAGAUAAACUCUUACCGCAAAGUUUACACACACACACACACACACACACACACACACACACACACAAUGUCUACAUGUCAAAGGAAAUGGAAACUUGUUCCCUUCAUGGAAUUGAAAUAACGCUUUGAGGUUUAUGUGAGGGGAUGGGUAUUCACUACUCAGCUCCUCCAGCCCAGGAAAUAAGUGUAAAUACCCACCCCAUGCCCUCUCUUCAGCAUUUCACUUUUUAGAAACAGUUCUCAAAUAUGUGCACAUCCAAACCCUCCUAGAUACCGCUCUCAGGAGGUAAACAUCACUCUUGUUCCCCCUCCCCCAAGAAAGACUUUGCAGUAAUAGUUUAUCGCCAUGACAACCACAGGAGCUAGAUUUUUUUUCUCUCCUUCUGGGUUGUUUUCUCCUUUUUAUUUUUAACUUCUCAUGUAAAAUAAUCAGUGCUUGAAGUGUAUAUUGACUUCACAACUAGGUGUUUACUGAGCCCAUAGUAAGGUAAAGUUCCCACAGGUUGAGACAUGAGCGACUUCCCGAUGUAGGGCAACCACGAUCUAAGAAAUUUGGUGACUUUAUCUAAAAUUGAGCUUCUCACUUACUGGCUGCACUUUUAAGCAAAUAAAUCUGCUGUAUCUUGUGUUGAAUGCUUUUCUUGGUUUCUGCAUUUAAGAAUUGGAGGCAGUUUUCAAGACCUCAGGUUAUACACUACACAAUACGGGAGUCGUUGCCCAGUAAAGCUGAAUGAAACUUGAUGUGUAUGUCUGAUUGUUCUUUCCUUUGGUAGAGUACUGGGCUGUGGCUGGCUGAAACUCCCACCUCGGCCUAUGCCAUAAAGGAGACAUGUCAUAGCCUCUUGGUAAAAGCUCUCCUGUAUUGGUAGAAAAGCCUCGAUGUAGUAUCACAGACGGGCAACCCUACCGAUUCUAUAUUUGCGAAAUAUCUUGCCCUUUUAAGAAGCAACCUGCUGCUGUGUGCUGCCUUCACAAAAGAGAAAUCCUCUCUCUCCACAAGCAGUUGUCAAGCAUAAUAAAGAAAAAAAACUGGCAGAAUCAUUUGGGUGGUUGCCAAGCCCAGGUGUAUAUUGUGUGAGAGAAAAUGUAUGGGACAACAAUCUUGAAAGAUCUAGAGGGCUGCGGCACAGCCAUCAAAACACCCAGGUAGUCAGAGACAGAGUGGAAGUCACAGAGAAUUAUGAACAGACCCAGAAUCCUGGAAAAAAUCCUCCAUGAAUUAAAAAGCAGGGAUACAUACUCAAGGCUCUAACUCCCUGCCAAUCCAAGACAACAUUCCACAUCAUUUUUUUUUUAAUUUUCCAAAAUAUGAAAAAUUUCAGGAGUUAGCUAGAAAUUUGAUGUUGAGACAAAUCUAUAUAAAACAGCACCAAACCAACAUCAUUUUCCUAUAGUUCCUCCUACAAUGCACUUAGUCAUUUCCCUACAAUUGCCUACUCCUAGCCCAAACGCCUCUUCCCUUUGUCCUCCAUGCCUCUACAAUUUAACUUACUAAAAUGCUCUAUCAGUUCUCAGCUCUAUUCACUCCCUUUUGUCUCUAUUUCUUACAUGGGAAGAAUCCCAAACGCACAUAAAAUACUGUCAUUAAGGCAUGGAUGUUUUCCCCUUGCUAACCUGUCUUUGAUUAAUUUAAUUCCUAGAUCCUCCAUAGACCCAAAGGGUGGAUGAGAAGUCUUUCUUCUUCUCUAGAAGGGAGGGAGGAAAGAAGAAAGUGAGGAUCUAGGAGGAGAAGAGGGGAGGGGAGAGAAGAAAAGGGGGAGAGAGCCGGCUAUGUUAAACACUGCCUACUGACGUUUGAUUAUGGAUUGUGUUAAGCUAUGCUUCACAGGGAUCGGAGAAAGGACUCGGCGUUAUGAUCCCUUGCUCCUCUUGCAGAGAGGAUGAGAGUUCAGUCCUCAGCAUCCACACUGGGUGGCUCCCAGUGGUCUGUAACUCCAGCUUAAGAGGGUCAGGACCCUUCUUAUAUCUUCCAUGAUCACACACACACACACACACACACACACACACACACACACACACACACGAGAGAGAGAGAGAGAGAGAGAGAGAGAGAGACAGACAGACAGACAGACAGACAGACAUAGAGAAAUCAUCAUAGCAUGGUUGUAUGAGCUGAACUUUGGAACCAGCUAGUUGAGCUUCAUAUGACUGCUCUUCUGUUAGGCUCUGUGAUUUCUAAAUUCCUAGUUUUUAGCAACUAUAAAUGGAAGACGCAGCCCCUCUCCGCUAGUAUGGAGGCAUUCGGAAAUGAAUUUGGUAAAGCAAGUGUCGUUCAUUUAGUGCUGGUUUGGAAGGCAUAAAAAUUGCAAAGCUGAAGAGGUCAUGGAGAGCAGCUAAGGCUUGGUACCUCGUGGCAGGGUUGAAGCCUCUGCAAAGGGCACUGAAAGGUCACUGGGGAAGCCUCAACUGUGGCCAACAUUUUACAUCCAAGCCAGGACAGUUAACAACAUAUAUCAAACACAUACACAUAUCUUACAUAGUUCAAGAUUCUCUGCCCAGGAAGUGGCACCAUUCCUAAUGAACUGAGUGUUCCUACAUCGACUAAUGCUCAAGGCAAUUCCUCACAGACACGCCUGUAGACCAACUUGAUCUACAGAAUUCCUCAAGUGGGGCUUUCUUUGAAAGUGACUCUAGAGUGUGUCAAUUUGACGGUUAUAACUGAGGAGUGCGAGUGGAUAGAUGAAUUGCAAUUUGAAUAGGCUAAUCCAACAGCAGGUAGGGAGCAGAGCGGAAGCCUCUGUUCCUGUCGACAGUUCUUUGCCUUUCAUUCCCUUCAUGCAUACACUAAGUGGACAGAUGCCACGGUGGCACAGUGUUAGAAAUCCCCCUCGUCAUAGGGUUCAGGUAAGGGAGCUGAACACUUGCCUUAGUCUGGUGUGCCUGACAAGUUAUCGGGCCUGCUUUUCCUGAUAUGAUCUUAAUGACACCAUGUGCUUCUGGAGUCCCAGUUUACAUUUAUAAAUGUAUAGGGUGGUACCUUUUUAAUUUUAGGGAUAAGUUAAUUAUCGGCCUGUGUCUCCUGGGUGGGGUAGACAGAUGGUGUGGUUGAUGUGCUCACCUGAUUGCCCUGCCUCUAUAUUUGAACUCAAAAUGGAGUCAGCUGAUAGCUAUGAAAUCUUGUCUCUUUGGAUAAUGCAGUCUGAAAACAAAAGAAAACACUGCUUAUCCAAGUGAGAGUAACAUAGGAUAGGACAAUGGCUGUCCUCAAUAGCUUCCCCCCUUCACAACAUGAAAACUUGACUCCUAAACGCUGGGGAGCUUCCUGAUUGGUAAAAAAUUACUGAAUAGAAUAAGUAGUGCAUCUGGAUUCUGUAUGAAUGCUUACUUCUGUGAGCUUGGGACACAUCUGACCCUCCUCAUCUGGCUGUUCAUAUAGGAACAUCUAGCAACAUAACUGUAGGAUCUAGAAAAAAUGGCUCAGUUGACCCAAUUUACUUACCACAGAAGCCUGAGGGCCUGGGUUUAAUCCUCGGCACUUAUGUAAAAGCUGGUCUUGUCAAAUGUCUACAAUUAAUGCCUGGGCUGGGGAAAGACAGACAAGACGGUCUGUAGAGCUCACUGACCACAUGGACCAGCAGAACCCAUGCUUUCCAGAGCCAGUGAGAGACCCUAGGCAAAAAAAAAAAAAAAAAAAAAAAAGCCACACACCAGCUCAUGUUUGCUCUGUGUGGCUGUCCCUGUGACCUGUGACCUACGAAGUUUAUUCAGAUAUUUAAUAAGGGGCAGACCUUCUUCACAUGAGAGCUUUGGUUGGACUUAAACCAUCUUCUAGAAACUCUGAGAAGGUCGUCUCCCCCAGUCCUCAGGAAGCUCAAUUGUGUGCUAUGAGUUCUUCUAGAUAAUUAAUCCAGCAGUACAACUCCCACUCUGAACUCUCUCCCCCAUGAUCUACUCUUAAUUUUCUUCUAAUUUGCUUAAUAUUUCUACCUCCCUAACUCAUAAUUCACGUAAGAGCAUGAACACACAUGUGCUAUCCCAGGGAAGCAAUGCUUGAGGACCACCUGACCCUUUUCCAAUCCAGUUUUUCACUGUUCAUUUAAAAUGGAGAUGGGGCUAUUUCCCCGAUGGUGGAUGUGGGGAUUGUAUUCUUAAGGGAUGACGUUGAAAUUUUUUCCAAUAAAUUUGCAAGAACUGACUCAUCCAAAGUAAUGAAUCACAUUAAGAAUUUAAUUAGAGCAUCAAAGGUGGAGAUUCAGGACUAAGAGCUGGCAGAUAUGGAGUCUCAAAAACUCAGCUCAACAUAAAACGUCAUAAGGAGUAUCUUCACCAAUACACACAUGCACACACACUCAUAUAACAAUCCUUCCUUCCAAUUUCUCAUUUUGACCCAACAUAAACUAAAUAAUAAUGUGUUGGCACCUAAUCUUCCCAACUUAUUUCUUUGUGCAUGUGUACAUGUGUAUAUGUGCACUAUAUAAAUGGAAACAUGUCAGGCUGAUGUGUGCAUACAUAUAUGACAUAUGUAUUCAUAUUUGUGCACUUGCAUAUGGAGGCCAUAGGUCAACAUCAGGCAUUUUCCUUGAUUGCUCUCCAACUUGUUUCAUUGAGGCAGAGUCUCUCACUGAAUCCAGAGCUCACAAGUUAGCAAGGUUGGCUGACCAAUGAGGUUCUUCCUUCUCCACCCUCAACUGGGACCAAAGCUACAUGCCUCUGUGGUUGGCUUUUAGAAAUUAUAGUGCUAGAGAUGUGAACUCUGGUCUUUAUGAUUAUACAGCAGAUGCUUUUCUAACAGAGCCAUCAUCCCAGUCAGGAGAACUCCCCAAACUAUAUCUUUAAAUUUUACUCAAUAUUCAAGAUAUCCUGGGCUCUGUAUCUUCUCCUAUGAGAUAUAUGGUAAGAUUGGAUUAUCUGGUCUCAGGCAUCCCUAGCUGAUAGAAAUUUUCAUGAUGAGGGACAUGCCCAAGUGUGGGCUGUGCCUUAGAGUAGCUACCAGUAUGUAGAGGAAAUUUGUGGGACCAGAGGUACAGAGAAAAGGUCAAGGGAGCUUUUACCUGGGUUGAAGAAGCUUCAACCCGAUUACCUUAAACAUGAUGACAGCAGUAGUUGGCUACCUACCCUUCUAACCUGGCUGCUUCCUUACCAUCAACCCUGACAUUACCAGGCUUCACUCCUUGUUUGACCUUUUAAUGUGCACCACCCACACCUCACCUCUGUGCACACUACAGCUCCUUAGUACGUAGAUGAGGCAUCCUCUGCUCUAGCCAGUGAUACACAGCCACACGGCCUGAGAGAUCCUGACUGCCUCCCCAGAGGCAUAAAUUCCACCCCCAAUAAACAGGACUAAUUCUCUGAAGCGAUUCUCAGGUGUGUUCAAGCCUUCACACACUCAUCACGCACCAGGCUAAGCUUCCUUCCCUCCAGUCCAGCUCAGUGUGGUGAGAAACAGGCCCGGCUACCCCAACCUGAUGGGGAAGCAGACACAGGGGCGCAGAAACUUAUUAUAUGAGAUAUGAAUAGUGAUGUAAUUUAUACUUCUCCUCAGUCUUGGUUAACCUGUACUUGUUUAACAUGUGUGGUCUGUUGAUAAACAAAGAGAUGCGAGGGACAAGAUCUGAGGACGGGGGCUGCUAUUGCUUAGCUAGAAGUGAUGCAACAAAGUGUGACAGACCGAGGCUGAUGUAGCAUCCUCUGAACUGUCUUCUCUCUGAAUGUGCCUAUGUUCCGGUUCCCUUUGCUUGUGAGGACAUCAGUAGUACGCCAUUAGGGACCAGCCCAAUGACUCUAUUCUUACUUACUUCAAAAAGUACCUUGCGUCCAAAUUGGUUACUUGGUGAGCUAUCUGUCCCCAUGGCCGUAACUCAGAGAAGGAAAGAUUAGCUUCGCCUCAUGGUUCCAGUCCAUGGCCACUCAGCCACAUUGUUUCUGGGCUUUUCAUGAGGCAAACCACUAUGUGGAAAAGAGAACAACUUUCCUCACACCAUGCAAAGAGGAGGUGUGUGUCACAGGCAGGACAUUGUCCCCGCCAGCGGGGACCCAGUUAUUCAGGGUCCCGAAGAGGCUUUCUACCUGUGGGCCAAAUGAGGGUGAAGAGAAGAAGGAGACCAAGCAAGAUUCUGUUGUCAAGGUCUCGUUUAUUGAGAGAAAUGUACAGCAUUUAAAGCUCUGAGGCAGGAAUAGAAGCGGGAACUGAAGCUUAGGGUGGGGGAGUUUGGGAAGUGCCCAAGGAUAUAAGGUGAAUCACUACACUGCAAGAUAUCCUCCUAUAACAAAGAGGCAACCGUCUUCCAGGGACAUGUUCUUUGAAAAGGUCGAACCCUUCUCAGGAAUCUGCUCAGGGACAUCGGUGUUUUGCUCAGGCUGAAACAUCCUGUCAUUGCUCCCAGGGUCUUCCUGGGAGAGGCUCUUAGAGGAGUACCUGAAUAUUGGCUUGUGAAAGCUACCACAUCUCGAGUGUAAUCCACUUGUACCAUACAUUGAAACCUAUGCAAUUUGAGUUCUCUGUUUUCCCACUCUCUGACCAAUCACCAUCAAGUGCAGUAAAUUUGUUAAACUUAUUAUAUAGAGAGGCUAUAUAGGGACAUAUCCUAUGACUAUAGGUUCCAGAAUCAGAUAUGCUGACCUAUCACUUCCUUGAAGGUAUAGAACUUUUUAACUCUGCUAGUUUAUCUUAAAAAAAAAACAGAUAUAAAAACACAAAUUUAUGGGCUGGGAGUAGGGCUGGGAAUGCAGUUGGCAGAGUGCUUGCAUAGCAUUUAUAAAGCCCAGCAUUUGCUCUCCAGCUCUGUGUAAAUGAGGUGUGGUAGUGUACACCUAUAAAUCUGAACACUUAGAAAGCAAAACCAACGGAGUCUGAAGUUCAAGGUCUUCCCCAGCCACAUGUGAGUUUGAGUCUAUCCUGGGUUAUAUAAGACCUUUGGCCAAAAAUAAAUAAAACUAAACGUGAAAGCGAAUGAUUAAGCAACCAGCUAAGACGCUAUGUAAGGCAAGUGCAUUCUUUAGUACUUGGUACAUAGAACCCUGUCUGCCUAUUCACCAUGACUUUUAACUUGCCCUCAAAGUCUUAGUGUUAGGCCAAUAAGAGGGACACAGCACAUACGAGCUGGCUCCAUUGAGAAGGAACUGGAAGGAUCACAUGCUAGUCACGUUCAAGGGAGGAACAGUGCUGGGUAGAUUGCUCGGUGGUAAAAAGCACUCUUCAUGCAAACGUGAGGGCCAGAGUCUGGGUCCUCAGAACCCACCAAAAUGGAGGCUGCCUGCCUAGACUUUCACAAUGAGCCAAGAAGUAAGAUUAGACGUGUCAGUGAGCUCUGGGUUUGACUGAGCAAUCCAGUCUCAGUGAAGAAGGCUCUCCGUCAAGAAUGAUUGCAGACACCAACCUCUGAGCAUACAGUGUGCCCCCACACAUGCAAACAUAUAUAAAAACAUGUACAAUGCAAUACAACACACACACAAAGUAUAAUUGCCAAGCUCUAUAAUGCAUGGAUUAUUUCCAGAAAACACAAUUGCUUUGCCUUGAUGCCGGCUGGGCCAGUACAGACUAAAACCAACCCUGAAAGCCAUCUGGGUUGGAAGAAUUGGAAUUCUUGAAACAUUUUUAAUUUCCAAGCAGUAUGCUGUAUCAUAACCACUUUCAAAUCACCGAUGGUAUCAAGCAUUUCUCUCAAGAGAGCAGCGUGGUUUCUGCGAGGCACUUUCUUUUGUGUCACGCAUUGCCACAGUGGUUCUGUCUCUGAUCCCUACAUGUGUUCUUCCAUUGUGUUUAAUUUAGAGAGAUUAUAAUCAGCGAUCAGUCCUAGAUCCCGCCUAGACUCCUCGUCAUCUGUAUGGUGGGGGUAAGCUUUUUGAUGUGCGUGUUCUUUGAAUUUCCCAAAGUACUCCUGAUUAUCAUUUAUGCUUCACAGAGGUUGAGACUCCCUUCCUGUCCACAGGCUUCCUCUUUCCCUAAACCAUCUCUAAUGACUUAGGAAAAUUGUUUUCCGUUGUCUCCUUCCCUGAUGUCACAUGCUUUAUAAUUCACAAUCCUUCAGUGUGCUUCUCCUCCACCUAUCAGCAGCAGCUCCCAUAAUUCCUGGCCCACGUGGGGCAUUUGUUCUACGUUUGGUGAAUUAUUUUAAACUACUGGCUUUUUCCCUACUCUAUCAAGUAGAAGCUUUGCAGUAAGGCCCAGGACUAAGAACCAAUGUAACAAGUCUCUCUUGUCCUUGCACUUCUGCAGUAUUUUGCAUCAAGAAGGAUGGUACACUCACAUACCACACUGUGAUAUUUUGGUGAGUGACAGACUAUGUACAAAGUCAAUGUAUAUUAUAUUAUAGCAUAUUAUGUCAUACUAUAUUAUAUUAUUACAUAUUAUACUUUAUUAUUUUCUUACCUGCUGGUGUAGUAACUAUGUAUAAACUCAUUCUAUGUGUGCAUCAUUCUAAAAUCCCCUAAUGACGCUUUAUCUGAAUGCAUUCUGUUCUUAAAUGAUGUGUGACUAUACCCUUAAGCACUUUAUUACACACACACACACACACACACACACACACACACACACACAUACACGGAACAACAGAGUAUAUCUUGAACAUCUUCAAAGAAGACAGCUGAUGUCUUAUUUUGGAGUCUGAGAUUAAGGAGUUCAAACAAGGAAGAUGAUUCUCUCCUUCAUUAAAAUCCUGCCCUUGAUCACGGCCUCCCUGCCCCACAUCCUUGGGAGAAUGGAGGAGAACAAAAGAAAGAACCUUGUACCUGAUCCGCACAGGAUUGAAAGCUUUCACCGCUUAAAAAGUGAGGCAAAAUGAAAGCCUCAAGAGAAAGAACCCAGCACUCUGCCCAUGUACUACUGUAGAAAGCCACAGGCUGAUGGAUGCGACCUGUAACAUUGAGAGCCUAUUCACUGUGGGUAUUGUAACAGUGAGAGCUGUAACGGUGAAUACACUGUGGGCAUUGCUCACAUCGGUGGUGAUGGUGUAGGACAAAACAGAGUACCAUGGGUCAGUGCUGAUGACUUGCCAUUUCCCUCUAAACAUCCCUGACGAUAAGGAACUGCCCUAACCCUCAACUUACACAUUUAGAGCAACAUUUAUUUUUUACUCCCCACCUCUCAGUUACCUAUGUGUAUGCACAUGCAUGCAUGUGCAGGUGUGUGUGCAUGCAUGUAACUGUAUGUAUGCACAUGUCUGAUCAUGCACUUGUGUUGCAGCCAAAAGUCAGCCUCAGUUGUCGCUACUCGGGAGCCAACCACCUUGCUUCGUGAGACAGGUAUCUCUUCCUCACAGUCCUGGAACUCAGUUAUUAGGCUUGCAGGUCCACCAGUGAGCCCAAAGGAUUACCUUCCUCCUCUUUCCCAGCCCUAAGGUUAAAACCAAACCCUGCCACGGUCUGGGGAAUUUCUUUUUUUCAUGUGGAUUGUAAGGUUGGAACUCAUAUGCUUGUCCCUCACCAACUGAACUCUCUCCCCAAAUCCUACUAUCAUAUAAAGAAAGUUACAUAGACCUGUGCUUUUUUAUCUUGUUUAAUAUACUUGGAGCUUCCGCUGAACCCGAUUAUGGAUGACUCUUGGAAUUCUACAGGGGACAGAAUUUCGUCUUGAAGAACAACUAUGAAUUCGACUUGAAGGCAGCCUACAAAGAAGUUUGGGGAAGAAUCAGAGAUAAACUUGUUACUUCUGCUCUGUUGACCAGAAUAUAUUUAUGUUUUACACGAGAUCUUCAUAAAUGCUGCAACAGGUUGGCACUAAAGGAGGUCGUGGUGGAAUAAGGAACUCUCUUCCUCUCUUUCUUGUCUUUUGUCCCCUCUCUGUGGAACAGCGUAGCAAAACAAUCGCUCUGUUUAUUAUGAGCACCUGGAGAGAUGUUCGUUCUGUGCUUGACAAGAGACACUCUGCGCAUUGUUACUUGGGGGAUAAGAGUUCUAGUAACGAACUGUAAGUGUUGGGAAAAUCUCGGGCAACAUGAUAAUAGUGGGUGCAUAUAUUCCCUUAUCUGGUUUAGAAAAAUGAAAUAAAUCUAAGAAGUUGCAGAAGACAUCUUUGCACUUAGAGUGCUUUCCUGGCACUCCAACACUGCGGAUAACCCAGAAGAUGUUGUUAUACUAAUCUGCUGUUAAUAUUUAGGGCUGUCCCCAGUCUUCCGGUUGUACAACGAUAAAGACACAAAAAAAUUAUUCAUGCUGAGGAAAAAUAUUAACAAUACAAAUGUUGAGAUUUUUUUUCAAAACAAUGACUGGUCCCCCAAGCAGGUGGAUAUCUCUCCUUUUCCAUUAUUGAUUACAGUACAUUGAUUUCCGUGUACCAUGAGGCUCUACUUACGAGGCACGCGUAGCAUCUUCCAAAUUCAGGAUAAGUUUGCAUUCAAGAAGUUGGAGAUAUUGUUUAAUGGUUUGCUAGUCUAAGAAAACAUAUACAUCUGUUCCAGUUGACAGGACUCCUCCGCCCCUUUCACGGUUCUGCUUACAUUGUAUGCCUUGUCCCUCCCCUGUGGGCAGUUCACAGGGAAGCCAAAGUGUCUACUGAUGAUCUCCAGGUAGCUAGACUUGGUCCCAGCUGUCCUGAGAAGCAUAAGCCAGAGGCAUGGGGCCAAUCGCUCUUUUCUUGCUUUGUGCUUUGGCGUCUAUUGUCUCCAUACAGUCACAUUUUUUUAAAAAAAAAAAAAAAAAAAGAAAAAUGCUUUUAUUUUUGUACUAGUUUCUUUCUCUUACCAUAUCUCUUCCAGGAACAGUAUCUUGAACUAAUUCAAGGCUGAUAUAUCAAACCCUAAUUAUUAAAUGCAUGACUAAGUAAUCCCCGUUUUUUAGGAAGCCUGGGCAAGUCAUCUAGUCUGGAAAGAAUUAGCAUCGCUUUCAUACUGACUGUGGGUGUUCUAGUGCCCCCUGGAGGACAGAGCGAGGAAAUGCAGGCUGGCUGACUUCACAAGUUCUGUGAUUACUGACGCUUGACACCACAUCCGGCUAGAAGAGAGCUCUCCAUGAAGCCCCACAAAGAUAAACAUCAACACUAAGUGAAACAACAAAAUGUAAGCUACUUACAUAGCAUAUGUGUCUACUGAGGUAUGUGUAGAUGCCCUUCCCCCACAACCAUUGAGUGUCCGUCGUUCCUCAGGAGGAGCCUCACUGGCUCCAAGCCAAAUACAACUAUACUAUAUAUUUUGUUUGGUAACUCGUCUUCCUUAUUUAAGGUCAGCAUAGACGUCAUAUUAUACCCUUGAAAAGAGAGCUAAACACAGACUCUUAUCUUUGUGUGGGCCUAAGGAUGAAUGCUAUUUAUGUGGUUUCUUUGGUCAGUUUCACUAUUUUUAAUUUUUUUAUUUCAUAAUUUCAUAGUGAAAUAGUGUCAUGAUUAUGAUAGGGAUAACAAACACUCUCUGAUUGGAUUUGAGGGCCACUUCACAGGAGAGAACUUAUGCCUGGUUCUAUAAACCUGUGCCUGAGUAUGUGGCCGGAGAAGUCAUAGGCUCUAGAUGAGAUCCAUUACUAUUUAUUUUGCUAAACAGUCAUGCUGUGACAAUGCUUUUGAAACCCUGAUGUUUGUAUCCACAAAUUGGUGCUAUAAGCAGCUGCCAUCAGAGAAUCUUCUCAGUGCCAUGGGAAGCAGGCAAAGCAGAACUUCAUGACCAGCCAAAGUUUGUCAAAUACGUGAUAGUGACAUGCUCAGUCCUAAACGGGCCAGCUGUCACCCACUUCCAGGCUGAGAGAACAUCAUGGAAGAGGAGAGUCAGAGAUUGUCAGAGGCUGGAAAGAUGCCCAACCAUUAGGGGUGUGUGCUGCUUUUCCAGAGGAGUUCAUUCUCAGCCCCCAUGUCAGGUGACUCACAAUUGCCUGUAACUCCAGCUUCAGGGAGAGUUGACAUCUCUCAUCCUGCAGGUGUCUGCGGGAGCACACACACACACACACACACACACACACACAAAUACACAUAUACACAUGCACACACAUAUACAUACACACAUACACACAAAAACACAUAUGCACACAUACACAAAUACAUACACACAUGCACACACACAUACAUACACAUAUGCAUACACAUAUACAUACACACAUACACACAAAAACACAUAUGCACACAUAUACACAAAUACAUACACACAUGCACACACACAUACAUACAUACACAUAUGCACACACAUAUACAUACACACAUACACACAAAAACACAUAUGCACACAUAUACACAAAUACAUACACACAUGCACACACACAUACAUACAUACACAUAUGCACACACAUAUACAUACACACAUACACACAAAAACACAUAUGCACACAUAUACACAAAUACAUACACACAUGCACACACACAUACAUACAUACACAUAUGCACACACAUAUACAUACACACAUACACACAAAAACACAUAUGCACACAUAUACACAAAUACAUAAACGCAUGCACACACAUACAUACAUACACAUAUGCACAUCACACACACACAUAUACACAAAUACAUACACACAUGCACACACACAUACAUACACAUAUGCACAUCACACACACAUAUAUACACAUAUACACAAAUACAUACACACAUGCACACACCCAUACAUACAUACACAUAUGCUAUCACACACAUAUACACACAUAUGCACACACAUACAUACACACAAACACACACAUGCACACACACAUAUGUACAUAUACCUAUGCACACACACAUACAUACACACAAAAACACAUAUACACACACAUACAAACACACACACAUGCACACACAUACAUACACACACAAAUACACAUAUACACAUGCACACACAUAUACAUACACACAUACACACAAAAACACAUAUGCACACAUACACAAAUACAUACACACAUGCACACACACAUACAUACAUACACAUAUGCAUACACAUAUACAUACACACAUACACACAAAAACACAUAUGCACACAUAUACACAAAUACAUACACACAUGCACACACACAUACAUACAUACACAUAUGCACACACAUAUACAUACACACAUACACACAAAAACACAUAUGCACACAUAUACACAAAUACAUACACACAUGCACACACACAUACAUACAUACACAUAUGCACACACAUAUACAUACACACAUACACACAAAAACACAUAUGCACACAUAUACACAAAUACAUAAACGCAUGCACACACAUACAUACAUACACAUAUGCACAUCACACACACAUAUACACAAAUACAUACACACAUGCACACACACAUACAUACACAUAUGCACAUCACACACACAUAUAUACACAUAUACACAAAUACAUACACACAUGCACACACCCAUACAUACAUACACAUAUGCUAUCACACACAUAUACACACAUAUGCACACACAUACAUACACACAAACACACACAUGCACACACACAUAUGUACAUAUACCUAUGCACACACACAUACAUACACACAAAAACACAUAUACACACACAUACAAACACACACACAUGCACACACAUACAUACACACACAAAUACACAUAUACACAUGCACACACAUAUACAUACACACAUACACACAAAAACACAUAUACACACAUAUACACAAACACAUACACACAUGGGCACACACAUACACAUAUGCACAUACACAUAUACACACAUAUGCACACACAUACAUACACACACAAACACACACAUGCACACACUCACACAGAUAUGUACACAUACAUAUGCACACACAUACAUACACACAAAAACACAUAUACACUUACAUACAAACACACAUACACACAUACACACACAUACACACAAACACACACAUUCACACAUACACACAUGCACACACAUAAACACACACAUAUGCACACACAAACACACACAUAAGCACAUAUGCACACAAACACAUACACACACAUUUAAAAUAAGUUUUAUAAAAGGAAUAUAAAACCAGAGAAAGGGGAGAUAUACAGUAAAAAGGUACCUUGUGGACAUGACAAAACCAUUGCACUCACAAACACACUGGACCCCCCUAAACAUUCCAACAUGGCUGACAGAAAGGCCAGUGAGUCCCUUCCUCCUGAGGACUACUGCCAAUUAAUGGCUGUUGGGGAAGGUGCAUCUGUGCAUAUUUUAGUAGACAUAUAUGCUAUGUAAGUAGCUUACAUUUUGUUUUUGUUGUUUCACAAAUGACGGUAAAGGAACUAUUCCUUGAAGAACAUAUUUAUGCGGCUGCUUCAGUGUAGUUUCGAAGUAAAUUAUGCAAGUUGAAAGCUGUGUCAAAAGUAUGCUUGCUUAAUUUUUCAUAGACUUUGUCAAAUUAUUCUCUGGGUGGUUUAUAAAUGUUGACAAUCACCAACCAUACAUGAAAGACUCUAUUCUCCAUCAGGGGGGAACUGUCGAUGGUCUCUGUUUAUGUGUCACAUAAAUAAAUAUGUCUGUAUUUCAAACAAUGAACUGGAGUCCUGACGGCCAUGAUCUGAAUAGCAAUGCCUCCCCCCACGUAUGUUCAAGUGCUCACCUAAAAGUAACAGUACAAAACGGCGCUCUGUAGGGAUUGCUCAGGUCUUGCUGACGAUGCCCUUUUGAAUAAGGUUCCUGCUCUCCUGAUGAGGCAGGAGAACGUCUCCAUCCCUUGCACUGUGAGGAAAUACAGUAAGAUGCCGUUUAUGACCCCAACACGCCCCUCACCAGUCUCCAAAUCUCCCGGCAUAUCUCUUCUAGAGUUUUAGCCUCCACAACUGUGGAAAUAAGUGUGUGCUAUUUACAAGUCACUCUGUAUAUAGCAACCAGAUUGUAGGAAGACAACUGUGUAUUAAUAUUUAAUGUACUGUGCUAACAAUGGAGUAAACUGAGAGUGGAGGUAUGAAAACAAGGCAGACAGCUCUUGUUCUCUGUGAACAGAUCAGUAGAGAGUCCUCUAUUUUCUAAAUUAUCAAUUGGCCAUUUAUACUUUACUCUUUGCACAGUGUCUGCUCACUUUUAAACUCCACCGAUUAAAUGCACUGUUUGCUUUUUGUAGUAGUUAGUAUUUUUUUGAGUUCUCUGUAUAUUCUGAGUACUGGUCCUCUGUCCAGUAUACAUCUAUUCACUCUUAUUCUGUGAGCUGUCUCUAUAUUCUGUUGUCUUUUAGGAAAUGGAGAAGCCUUCUAAUUUCAUGAACAAACCAGGCACAGAAACACAAAUGCUGUAAGUUUUCUACCAUGUGUGCAAAUGUGAAUUACACAGACACAUCUGUGAGGUGUGAGUGAGCAUGUGUGUGUAUGCAUACAUGUGUGCAUGUGUGUGUGAUGAAAGUACAGGGGAAAAAGAGAAAAGUGGAGUGGGCAUGUGGGGUAGGACACGUAAUGGAAUCUGACCAAAGUGCAAGGCACACUUGAAAAUGUCAUGACAUUCUAGUGUGCACAAUAAAUAUACUCUAGUAAACCCUUUAAGGACAUCUAUUUAGUUUUGUUUGUGUGUAUGUCUGUGUGUUUGCAGAUGUGUGUUUGCGUGUAUGUGAGCACUGUGUGGAUGCAUAUGUGCCAUGACAAAUGUAUAGAGGUCAAAGGGCAGCACAGUGGAGUCAGUUUCCCCCUUCCACCAUGUGGUUCCCAUCUUGGAGAUAGAACAGAUUAGUAGACUUGGUGGCAAGCCCCAGCAUCCACUGAACCACCUCAGUUUCCACCCUAACACACACACACACACACACACACACACACACCACACACACACACACCACACACACACCACACACACACCACACACACACACACCACACACAUACCACACACACACACACACACACACCACACACACACACACCACACACACACACCACACACACACACCACACACACACACACACCACACACACACACCACACACACACCACACACACACACACCACGUGUGUGUGUGUGUGUGGGUAUGUGGGUGUUCUCUGUGUGUUUUUAGUGAAGUCAAACACCUUUCAACAUACACGUAAGCCAUUUGUUCUUUCCUGCUGAUUUAUUAAUUCUAGUCCCAGCUAUCUUUUAGGUUAUCUUUUCCUUGGAAAUUCUAAAUUCUCAUAACUUAAAUUUUCUGAGUAAUUUGAGUUACCAUUUGCUAUAUGUAAGAUUUAGGCAAGUCUAUUAAACUUUACUGUUUCUGGGGUUGUUAGGAUUAACAAUGAUUACAUUUAUAAAAUAAUUUUAUUCACAAUGAACUUUUAUAAUUGCCAACUAAUUAGUUAACCAAUUGCAUCCACUCUCCUGGGUUGGCAUGCAGACUUACCAUAGACUCAAUAGCUUAAAUCGCACCUUAAUAUCUUAUAGUUCUGGAGACUGCAAGACCAGGUUGUCAGACAGCUGUUUUCCCCUAAGGCAGUCAGUCACCUAAGCUUGAAGAUGACCACUUUCUCUCCACUGAAUCCUUAUGUGAACCUCUUCCCGGCCCUUCUUUCUGUGUGUGGAGGCGAGGAGGAAACAGUCAGUCAGUCAGUCAGUCAGUCAGAUAGACAGACAGACAGAGAAUCCUGCCUGGACACUAAUCCUAUCAGAUCACCCCUUUUGUUAUUAUUAGCCCCACUAGUACCCCUAAAGUCCCCUUCUCUGAACACAGUCGCAUUAGGAGAGAUUUCCACAUGACUGAGUUCAAAACAAUUCACUCCUCAACUUCCACCAGCGGAAACUUGCAGAUCACCCGCGCACUGCUGUGUGGUGACCUUGCUAACAGAGGACAAGGAUGGGGCCCCUGGUCUCCUGGAGUUUACAGUCUAAUCUCACAGACCCGUGCCGAGCUGUAGUUCUACAGUUGCAAAUGCUUGCCCCUGAGGUAGCGAGCACAGGGUGGCAGGGGCUGUCGUGGCUGUGGAACAGUUUCCUGUACCUCUUAGUCCUGGAGAGGCAUCUUAAAAUGAGACGUGGAGCGCUGCUGCUUAACCUCUGGUCAAAAGGGAGAUUGGAUAUACACGCAGGAGGGAGAUUAAAGAAUGUGGCAAAAAGAAGUGGGGAAUACAGGGAAGAUUCUAAAAUACAUUGUGGUGUGAAAAACCAAACCUGUGUAGAGGGAAUCUGACGCUUAGAGAAAAGCACACACCCCUAAGCCAGGAAGUAGAAACAACCUCUCCGGGCAUCCUUCCCCAUGAAAUACUCAGAGCUUUCUCAAAUGUUUACUAUCCUCUGGCAAUCGCGGUAAGAAGAUGUGGUGUUUGUUCAGCUCUAUAUUUUGUUUCAGGCAGCAAUAAAUAAACACAGAGAUGUUUGCGAUCAUACAUUCACUCCAUAAAUAUUUGCUGUAUAUUGUUUCUGCAUAAAAUAUUAGAUACUAUAGUAUUAAGCCCUGUGUGUCUAUAACAAUGACCACACAGGGUCUAUUUCUGAAAAAUUAGUCUUGAAGUAAAAUGGACAUAAGAGCACCUUCACUUAGGCAAAGCUUUCCCACAUACACCUUCCCCACCUCUGCUGGGGCAACCAAGGAGGAGUAUCCCUAUUCACUAACUGUCUCGCUGCCACUGAGAUUCAUUCUGAGAACGUCUUUGGCAAAGCACACUGGACGCUGCUAACCAGCUGUAAAAUCAGAUUGGGACUUGAGUCAACAUUAGCCCCUUGUACCAGUUCUCUGCUGCCUUCUUUAAUGGUUCGAUAAAAAAGAUAACAUGAAAAUUGCCAACUGAAUCCCGUUGUUUAUUUUUCCAUAGACUCUAGGAGCAAGAUGACAGACUCUUGCUACGUAAGUGUUAGAAUCCAAUUCCUUAAGUAGCAGAGCCCAGUAUUUGUCCUGAGCUGUUCAGAAGGGAUUUUAUUUAAAGCAGACAAACGAAAUUAAUUCACGGAAAUACAUUUGCCAGCUCCAUUUUGCUUGGGUCAAGAAAAAAUGGAAGUAAAAGCUGAUUUUUUUAAAAAGAUACAAUAUUUUAAUUAAACCUUGAGAAUUUUGGAUAAUAUGUUCUACUCAUGUUCACCCGACCCCUUGCUUACCUCUUUGCAGAUCUAAACCCACCACCCUAAACCCUUCCACAUCAUGUCCUCUGAAAACAAAACAAAACAAAACAAAACAAAACAAAACAAAAACCCUGUCAACUUCAAUUUGUGCUGCCCAUAAAAUGUCCUGUGUGGGGCCAAACAUGGGAGUGCGGUCAACACCGUAGUCACAUUCUGCAUAGUAUCAAUAGCCACAUCCGAAAGGAAAACUGACUCCUCUCUAUCCCAAGCCACCAAUGGCCUGCAGCUCCACAGUUAUGACUGGGGACUCAUAAGCUGCUUCCUACUCCGUGCUAGAAUAUUUACUGGCUUAGCCUUAUGCAGACAUCGUGCGUGCAACCACAGCCUUUAUCUCCUCCCCCUUCUUCAGGAAAAGGCAAAUGCUAUAGUUGAAAAAAAAACAACACAAUUCUUACUGCAGAGAGGAUGAGAUAAUUUAUUCUGGAGCCACGUAUGUGUGAGGGUAGCCAGAGAACACAGCAUUAUGUUACCCCAAACUCCAUGCUCUAACACAAAAGCAAUGGAAGGAAGCCAUUAUAGCAACAGAGAAAAGAAAGGAGUCAUAAAUUAAGACGCUAUUCUACUGCACUGGUAGAAGCAUUAGGUAGGCAGAUUAAAAGUCAGGAAUCUCGGCAGUAGAUCAGGUGCUAACUGACAACGCGUUUAGCCUUUUGGUUGGUGACAACUAUCAGUCUGUUACUAUAUCCCUCUCGAAGUUUUACCUGUAAUUCAUGAAGGCACAGUCAGCCACAGAAGUAGGAAAGAUGGCGUAUGACAAAUGGCAAUUAGCUUCCGGGUCUGCAAUAUCCCAACCUCUCCAUGAUCGCUGAAAUGGUGAUCAGUUCAUCAGCCUUGCAGAAGGCUCCUGGAAAGGUGCUGUUCUUUCUGGCACUCUCAUCCGCUGAAUAAAAAGAAAAGAAAAGAAAAUGAUGUUCACUAGACAAGCGAACCGACGUCAAUAAUGUGAGAUUGUAUAACUGGAGAACCCCCUUUGUUGAAACGUAAACCUGUAUCUUUAGACCCUAACUAUUGGAAGUGCAUAUUGGAAGAGCAGGCUGGCUCUUGACAGUCUAUGGAGGAGUAGCCAUAGGCCCUGUGACAAGCUGUUCACCAUGAAGUCCCCAAUAACAGCACUUCCCUUUUCUUCUGACUGCUCUGGGAAGUGACCAAGGACAACCCUUUUACUUGAGUGUCUCCUAGGCUCACAGGAGGGCUAUGAAUAAGGAAAGGCAAGGGUAAUUUACUAUGCCACUUAGUUUACAGUGCCUUUUGGGAAACCCAUUUCCACUAUGUGGUGUCCCUUUCAGAGCUUAUUUCUGAUCAUUUUCUGAGCCGUUCAAACAGCCUAUUAGUGCUGUUCCCAUUUUAUGAAUGAAGGCACUAGGAUUCUAAUCAAGUCAGGACGUUCUCCAGGAAGUGACAGGCAGGAUCAAAUCCCUGGUCUGCUUGACAUGAUUGUUCCCCACCUCUCCACACUAAAGGUUCUGUCUUCCUUUUCAUUCUAACGUAGGUGUAGAGAACAAGAGAGGACAUGAACAUACGCCCAGUUCAGCUGUUUUCUUCUGCUAACAUCCAGAGAGUCAAGUAGAAACUUUGUGGAUCAGACAGUUGGCCCUGUGAACUCUUCUGUCACACCUAAAAGCAACCUCAGACAAUACAGCGGGGGGUGGAGGGGAGAGCAUGUGGUUCAAUAAAACUUUAUUCAUAAAAAAAAAAAA